AUGAAGAGGCCUCUUCAACUCACGGCUACCAUAUGUUUGGAGCAUGCUGAUGCUGGAAACUGGACCAACAAGGAUAAAGUCGACUCGACCAGUUCAACACUGAUAAUAAUGCUACGUGCACAGUCAGUGGAAGUUCAGUCCUGUGACGGAUCCCUCAUAAUUGUUCCUCCGGGAAUAAUAGAGGACAUAACACCACCAAACAAGUUAAUGGGCGUUUGGGAUGAGAGGGCAAGGGCAAGGAAGAAGGUCAAGGGCUCCCAGCCCUCCAUCUCUUCCCUCAUUGCACUGUCUCACAACAUGCAACUCUACAGGAUGAUAAGGAAACACUGA